CGUGUAUUUGCGAACACUCUUUCUCUCUCUAUAUAUGAAACAUUCUAAAAAAAAUUUUUUAGUGAAACAUUCCAAACUUGAAUUAGCUCCAAGCCUCAACUACCAUAUCUUAUUCCAACCAUAGUUCUCUCAUAUAUAGUCAUCUCAACAAAUUAACCAUAUAUUAAUGGAAGAUCUCAAGGAAGCUAUCACCUCUUCAAUUCUUGAUGUUGAAAAUACUCAAGAAAAGCCGGUGAUAAUAAGAUGGAAAUCAGGAAAAAGAGUGGAUCCAAGAUUGAUUAUGCUACUAGAUUUCUUCAGAGACCUCUACAUGAAAAGAGGAAAAUUCUUCAAGAAAAUUUUUCUAUUCCAUCAUGAAGAUUUCAUUCCUAUAUUUGACAAAAUUGGUGUUGUGUUUUCAAACAAUAAGGAUCAAGAAAAGAAAUUCAAGAUUAAUUCUUUCAAAAGGAGUCCAAGUGAUAGCUCUUUGAAUAAGAGUAGAGGAAUUGAUAUUGAUCAAUCUCAAUUGAAACUUGAGAAAUUUAAGGUCAAAACCCCAGAGGUUUUAUCAGGUGGCGGUGGUGGUGGUAGUGGUGGUCAAGGCCUAGGUCAAGGUGGCACGAAGGCAUCCGGUUCCAAAUAAGUGAAAUUAGGUACGUGAAAUGUAAGACAGAUAGGCUAUUAUCACUUGAAAGUGAUUCAAUUGACUGGAUUUGAUAUGAUAUCGAUGAGAUUGGUAUUCUAAUUGUCUUUCUUCUUAAAACAUAUUGAUUUGACUUCAUAAGCGGGGCGUGACAUGUUGCUGCCAGAAGCAGAAUCACUUUCUCUUAGAAAAUCUUAAUUAUUUGGAGCAAAUAGAAAGAAUUCGAUACGUCUACUUAGACUGAUGACAUAGAAAUUCUUUAUAUAUUGUUAGUGAGUAUAAGUUAAUUAUUUUUCAUGGAAGAACUCUUUGGUUGACUGGUGUGUUAAUGUGUACAACACAAAGGUUAAUGAUUUAUUUCAUUUUAGUUUCCCUUAUUUGUAUUUGUUGCUAAAAUUCUAGUUUGAUACAGAAUCAAUGGUGUUUGUGUAUUUGCCUCAAAAUCAUAUGAAAUUCUAUCUAAUGAUUCCUAUUGAUAA